GCGGCGAGCCGAGCUGACGCCGAGUCGGUUCAGCGUGCGCGGGGCUGCGUGGCUCGUGCUGCCGUUCUCGGAGACCGCCAGGGGCUCGAGAGAGGGCGGCCGCCCGCCCGCUCGGCCGCACGGCUCACCGCCGACAGCCAGGCCCGGAAGAAGCCGCCAUCUCGGCCCGAGUUACCCGCCGAGGCCGAAGGCCCAGCUGCAGCCUCGAGCUGCCGUCGGGGUGUCUGGCUCGCCGGCCCGGAGAGGAGUAAGGGUUCGUCAGCCAUGGCCAGUUCCCGGGUCUGCCGCACUUGCGGCUGCACCGAUAUCGACUUGGACCAGGCGCGGGGGGACGCGGUAUGCACGGCGUGCGGCUCCGUCCUGGAGGACAACAUCAUCGUGUCCGAGGUGCAGUUUGUGGAGAACAGCGGCGGCGGCUCUUCGGCCGUCGGGCAGUUCGUGUCCUUGGAUGGUCCAGGGAAAGCUCCAUCACUGGGAUCAGGAUUUCACACCAACCUUGGGAAAGAAUCACGCACACAAUCUUUACAGAAUGGUCGGCGACAGAUUCACCACCUGGGCAACCAGCUCCAGUUAAACCAGCAUUGCCUGGACACUGCUUUUAACUUCUUCAAAAUGGCCGUCAACAAGCGCCUGACUCGGGGCCGGAAAAUGAGCCAUGUGGUCGCUGCCUGCCUCUAUCUGGUCUGUCGGACGGAGGGGACUCCUCAUAUGUUGUUGGAUCUCAGUGACCUAUUGCAGGUGAAUGUCUAUGUACUGGGAAAGACCUUCCUUCUACUGGCCAGAGAGCUCUGCAUCAAUGCUCCAGCAAUAGAUCCCUGUUUAUACAUUCCCCGGUUUGCGCAUAUGCUGGAGUUCGGCAACAGGAAUCAUGAGGUGUCAAUGACUGCCCUGCGACUGUUACAGAGGAUGAAGAGAGACUGGAUGCACACAGGCCGACGGCCUUCGGGUCUUUGCGGAGCAGCUCUUCUCGUUGCUGCCAGAAUGCACGAUUUCCGAAGGACAGUAAAGGAGGUCAUUCGUGUGGUCAAAGUCUGCGAAUCGACACUCAGGAAAAGGCUGAAUGAGUUCGAGGAGACGCCAACCAGUCAGUUAACGAUUGAUGAGUUUAUGAAGAUCGACCUGGAGCAGGAGUGUGACCCACCUUCAUUCACAGCUGGAAAGAGGAAGGUUAGGCUGCAGCAAUUGGAACAAGAACUAUCCAAAAAACUGGCAGAUAUUGAAGGUGAAAUAACAAGUUACCAAGAUGAGAUUGAGACUGAACUGGAAAUCAUGCGACCAAGAUACCGCGGCGUGUAUGCAACGUAUGCCAAAAGAGAUGGACAGGAUGACGGUUCCUCAGUCGUCUCAUUAGGAGAGGAAGAGGGGGAGGAUGAAGAAUUGACAGCAGUGGCAAACCAUCUCAACAAGGAGCUCUGUGAUCACUUCCUCAAUGGAGAUCAAUCAAAGGACAAUGACACAGCAGAGGAAGAGAAGGAAUCAGAGCCUCCCCCCAAACCGCCCAACAUAUUGUCUCUGUUUGGUCCUCUCCCAACUGCAGCCAGUCUGGGGCUAAAGGAAUCCAUUGAGGAGUGCAUAGCAGCUGAAGAAUCUGAGGCAGGAGCUGAUCCUCAGAAAGGUGAACUUGACCUGAAUGGGAUUGAUGACCAGGAAAUCGAUAGGUACCUACUGAAUGAGGAAGAGGUGGAACAGAAGACGGAGCUGUGGCUGAAAGAGAAUGCAGACUAUCUGCAAGAGCAGAAAGCUAAGGAAGAGCGAAUAGCCAAAGAGAAGGAACUUGGGAUUUAUAAAGAGCAGAAGCCCAGAAAAUCCUCAAAGAAACGUGAGCCAAUCCAAGCCAGUACGGCGGGCGAAGCCAUAGAAAAGAUGCUGGAACAGAAAAAGAUCUCCAGCAAGAUAAACUACGACGUGCUGAGAGAUCUGAACAGCAAGGGCAGCAGCUCUCCAGUUCAAGAGGAGAGCGACAGCGGUAACCAAGCUGGCAGCGCCAGUGGCGGCAAGAGGGGAGCUACCCAGCGAAGAACGGCUGCCAGCUCCCGGAAACUGGCUGCACCCGUCAGCAACCUGGGCAAGAGGCUUCGACCACUGGUUUCUUCUGUUCCUCUGAAAAAGCUGGCGACCAGAGAGGCUCCGCCGUCUGAUUCAAUACCUGCUGAUGCUCAAGCCGCCCCAUCAGUGGCUGUGCUGGUGGAGAGUGGACCCGUGGUGUACAAUGAGGAAGAGGUCGAGGAGGAGGAGGAUCUGGAGGAGGAAGAGGAAAACUGCCUCAGUGCCCUCCAGCUGAUUGGUGGCAAUGAUUAUGGUUUUGAAGUGGAGGACGAAGAGGGAUUCUAAAGCUAAUCGGCACCUUCCCCAUGCAAGUCUCAGGAUCUGCGGGGAAAGUGGAAAGAUCCCCCCAAGCGUUGGGUGGAGAGGGUCUGUUGGUGGUAUUCCCUCCCUCCGGUGACAAGGAAGUGUUGUCACUGGCUGGUCCGGAACAUUGGCACCUCACCUGCACUCACCACUGAAGGACUGACUACCUGUUCGGAAAGUGAAGUGACCACCUGAGGCUUUUUGAUUUUCUUUUAGUUUAUUUUUGUACAGAAGCUCCUAUUUAUUACCGUUAAUUUGAAUAAUUUCGUUUUCUAUUCCUGUACGAUUAACAUUCUGUGGAGCAGAGGUGCGAGAGUGGGAGCGGCGAGAGUAGACAGGUUGGCCUAUUGAAAACCCAGGGAAUACCUCAAGAGCCAAUGCAAGGGACAGAGCUGUCCGCACCCCACUGUGCCUGAUGCUGCAGAGUGCCUCUCUGUGGAGGUGAGCCGGUGGCCUUCAGGAAGAGCAGGCUGAAGAGAGGUCAAAACUGUGAAGUACUUGGUUGCCAAGGGUCCAAACCCCAGUCCUGAAGUACAUGCUAAAGGAGGGAAAUGUUGAAUUAUUGUGCUGAAAUUGUACUGUAUCAGGGGCUCCGCCUCUCAAAUUCAUCAGGAGGAGGAAACCUUUGGGCUCUGUAUAAAUUGCUACCUAUUUAUGGACUCACCAGGCUGAGUUACUUGGAAUGUGUUCUGUUUAUUUACAGGGAUGUAAUUACUGACUUUUUUUUAACUUAAGACCAUAAGACGUAGGAACAGAAUUCGGCAAUUCGGACAAUUGAUUCUGCUCUGCCGUUUGAUCAUCUCCAGUGCAGUGCAUUUAUCCCUCAGUGUGUUUGUCCCCAGUGUAUUUACCCCCAGCGAGUUUGUCCCCAACGUAUUUACCCCCAGUGUUUGUCCACAGUGUAUUUGUCCCAGGUCUGUGUAUUUCCAUCAGUGUAGUUUCUGAAGUGUGGUGCAGUCACCACCAGUGGAAAACCAUCCUCACCAGUGCAUACAUCGCUGCUGCAGCUCUCUGACCCUCAGUGCCAAGCAUUUAUUUCAGGGGCUGUGUACCUCCCACAGUCUACUUAUCCCCAUUCUGAUUAUCCCUGAUGCCAUGCAAUUUCUCAGUGUGUAUCUGUCCUCUGUGUGUUUGUCAUCAGUGUAAUACUUUUAUUUGCACUACAAUAUGUUACCAUCACCAGUGCAACACACCCAUGCAUUUAUGGGUAAUGCAAUUUAAUAUCAGAGAUAUGACCGAACUGCACCUGCAGCCAAUCCCAGUCCUCUGGGCAUUUGUCAUUCGUCAUUGUAUCCCUUUUCUCCCCCACAAUACAGACGUCCAUAUCCACCAUCUUUCAUGUCCUUGGGAAAUUCCAGAGGUGUACCGAAUUAAAGAGAGAUAAAGAUAAAAAUUAGCAUAAUUUGUCACGUGUACAUUGAAACAUACGAUGAAGUGUCUCAUUUGCAUCAACAACCAACACAGUCUGAAAAUUGUGCAGGGCAGCCCACGACUGUUGCUAUGAUUCCAGUGCCAAAGUAGCACUCCCACAGCUCACUAACCCUACCUGUACAACUGUGGAGUGUGGGAGGGAAACCAGAGUAUCCGGAGGAAACAUGGGGAGAACGCACAGAGUCUUUGCAGACAGUGGCAUGAAUUGAACCCCAAUCGCUGGCACUGUAAAGCCUUGCAUGAACUUGAUACUUUACCACGGUGCCCACAUUUUUUUUCUGCAGUAAGGCAGAACGUGCAGCACCCACCGGGUCCUCUGGGGACCCACAAACAGCAACGAAAUUACAACCUGACUGAGUCAGGUCAAGUUUAUUGUCAUGUGCACAAGUACAAGGAGGUUCAUAUGGCAGGACUUUCAUAUGAAGAAAGACUGGAUCGACUAGGCUUAUACUCACUGGAAUUUAGAAGAUUGAGGGGGGAUCUUAUUGAAACGUAUAAAAUUCUAAAGGGAUUGAACAGGCUAGAUGCAAGAAGAUUGUUUCCAAUGUUGGGGAAGUCCAGAACGAGGGGUCACAGUUUAAGGAUAAAGGGGAAGCCUUUUAGGACCAAGAUGAGGAAAAACUUCUUCACACAGAGAGUGGUGAAUCUGUGGGAUUCUCUGCCACAGGAAACAGUUGAGGCCGGUUCAUUGGCUAUAUUUAAGAGGAAGUUAGAUAUGGCCCUUGUGGCUAAAGGGAUCGGGGUAUGGAGAGAAAGCAGGUACAGGGUUCUGAGUUGGAUGAUCAGCCAUGAUCAUACUGAAUGGUGGUGCAGGCUCAAAGGCUGAAUGGCCUACUCUUGCAUCUAUUUUCUAUGUUUCUAGGUUGAGGUUUCAUUGAUAAACUUGCUUGCAGCAGCAUCACAAGCACACGGGUACAGACAAUAUACAGAAUGUAAAUAAUACAUGAAUUGUACAUAAAAUUAUAGUAAAAAUUAUGUAAUUCUGUGAAAAAAAGGUACGGGGACAAGGUUAAAGAUGUCCCGGGCAGUCAGUUCAACAAAAACUACAGCAAAGAUGAUAAGAGGCAUAGAUAGAGUGAAUGGACGGCACCUUUAUUCAGGGUGGCAUGCUAGCAGAGUGGUUAGCACAACGCUUUACUGUACUAAUUCCCGCUGCUGCUUGUGAAGAGUUUGUAUGUCCUCCCCAUGACUGUGCGUUUCCUCUUGGUGCUCUGGUUUCCAAGGACAUACUGGUUGGUAGGUUAAUUGAACUUUGUAAAUUGUCUUGUGAUUAGGCUAGGGUUAACGCGAGGGAUUGCUGGGCGGUGGGGGUCGAAGAGGCUGAAGGGCUGUAUCUCAAUAUAUAAACUGUAUAUCAGAGGGCACCCAUUUCAGAUGUUUGGAGGAAAGUAUAGGGGGUGUUUUUACACAAAGAGUAGUGGGUGUAUGGAAUGCACCAGGCAUGGUAAUAGAGACAGAUACAUUUGGGACAUUUAAGAGACUCUUAGGCACAUGGAUGAAAGAGAAAUGGAAGGUUAUAUGCAGUGUAGAAGUGGUUAGAUUGUGAAUUUAAUUUAUAUAGGUUGGCACAACAUGGGCCUGUACCGUGCUGUUCUAAGUUCUAAAAAAAAAACAAAGACACAAUCAAAGACAAGUCCAUUGCAGAGUAUAGUUCUUGAGGUGAUAUUGGUGUCAAAGUUUAUAAACAUCAGGCCCUUCAGCCCAACUGGUCCAUGAUGACCAAGGUUCCUAUCUACACUCAUCCUCUAAACUUUUCCUGUCCAUGUAUUGUCCAAGUGACCCUCAAACAGCUCAUUGCACACUGGGUAUAGAAUUUGCCCCUCAGGUCCCUUUUUAAUCUUACUCUCUCAACUUAAACCUCUGCCCUCUAGUUUCAGACUCCCCAAGCCCCGGGAAAAGACUGUGACUAUCCACCUUGCCGGUGCCCCUCAUUAUUUUAUAUAUCUCUGUAAGAUCACCUCUUAGCCUCCAGGGAAAGCAGUCCCCAUAUAUAUAGUCUCACCUUACAACUCAAGCCCUCCAGCCCAGGGAACAUUCCUGUGAAUAUUUUUGACAUCUUCUCUAGCUUAAGACCAUAAAACCAUAAUCCUAUCCUUCCUACUAAAACAACCCAUGGUACUCCCAGGUUCAGCCUUGCCAACUUUUGUUGAGGGGAUAGAUAUUGUCCGGGUCACUGCAGAUAACGCUCUCAAUCUUCUAUAGCAGUGGCCUGUCCUAAGGGAGAGUGGUGUGGCAUCUGAUGGACUUGGUGGGUGGAACGUUGGUCUCAGGUUGGCUUGGAAGAUGGUGCAUAGCCAAGGGUUGUUGGUGUGUGGGCAUGGAUACAGAGGGUUAGGUGAAUGACAUAGGCUGGGGCUUGGCCACAGGAAUGGCACUCUGCUACCAUAGAGUUAGGCACAGUGUGUGGAGCACAAACAUGUGAUUGAAACCAUAGACAUAGAAGACUUGGGCCACUGUUCAUGCACCACCAUUUGCUCAUGUCUGAUUGUUUUUACCUCUCAAGCCUGUUUUCCUGCCUUCUCCCCAUAACUUCUGACACCCUUACUUAUCAAGUACAUUUCAACAUCUGCUUUAAAUGACUUGGCCUCCUCAGCUCUCUGUGGCAAUGAAUUCCAUAGAUUCACCAUCUUCUGGCUAAAGAAAUUGUUCUUUAUCUCUUUUCUAAAGGGAGGCCCUUCUAUUCUGAGGUUGUGCCCUCCGGUCCUAGACUAUUCCACUAUUCUCUCCACAUGGAGAGGUGUGGAUAAAACCCAUCCACAUAGAAGCUGUAACUAGGAAAUAUAGGAAACCAGGAGAGGGGGAGUCCAGGCAAUUCUCAGUCUCCCGAGAUUUAUACUUCACACAAAGAUAUCAAUAAAUGAUUAACUACAGUUUCAAUUGUUAUAGUCACCUAUUUAAAAUCUUGAAUAUAUACAAAAUAGUGUAUAUUGGUAGCACUAGCUGAACUGCUUUAAAUAUUCAAUACUGGUAUCUGUUCCAAAAGCCUCUGGGUAUAAACUCCAGACACUCAAAAAUACCCUUUUGUUACGGGGUGAAGGAUGGUUCCAUGAAUAUACAACUAGCCAGGAGAUUAAAUGAAAAGACAUGUCCUGGACUGUGCCUUAUGUGGCCGGAAUACAUCUUUCUCAAUGUGCUAAUAGCCAGAAGAUUGAUCCGUUGUCUUCCCCCAUGUAGUUUUUAUGCUGGUUCCUGGAAGAUGGCAGCACACUUUGUUGCAUUGGCCUGUCUAGGUCCAACAAAUGGUGCAGAUACAUGUCUGAAAUGCUUCUCUUGUGAUCAAAAGACCCUGAUGGACAUUGGUAAUACAAACUACUGCAAUUCCAGUUCAUUGGCAAGACCUACAGUGGGGGAGCUACAUGCCUCGGGUUGUUAUACAGACCAGGCCCUCAUGCCAUGGUGUUGCCUGUUACAGACACUCAGGAGGAGCAGUGUGGGAGAGGAGAGGCACGGCAGGCAUGCUGAAAUCCGUGCUGGGUGGAGGGGUGGUCCUGCGGCCUGCUCUCCAGCUCCAGAUGAGGAACUGCUGUGUGUUUGUUCAUGCAAAAACAUGGCUCUCAGGACAACAUCCCAUUUACCAUCAACUUUCAGUCCAUGCCUCUCAGGGAUGUGCUAAUAUUAUUUUUGUGACUGGAUGUGCUACCAUAACUGUAUGUGCAGUGUGUGUCAGAAUGUACUGUUUUUCACCUUGGCCAUGGAGAUACACUGAUUCAUUUAGCUGUAUACAUGUGUAUGGUUGACAAUUAAACUUGAAUAAGAAG